AUGAGUGGCGGUCUUCGUCAUAUCGAAUUCCGUGGUAACACUAUCUGCAACAAGAUUCUCCCGGCAUUCAUCUUCAGUUGUACUAAUCUUACAGAUAUUGUCAUCCCUACUAAUUGCGAAACUAUUGACUCAUCAUCACUGAGCAGCACUAGUAUCAGUCAUCUUUUACUUUCCGACAGUGUUUAUACCCUUGGUGACCAGUGCCUGAAAGACUGCCGUGAACUUGUUUCUCUUGAUAUCAGCAACAAUAAAUCACUUAAAGACUGCAUUAAUCUUUGUCACAUCACUAUCCCAUCUAGCAUUGUCUUUAUUGGUGACAAUGCAUUCCGAAACUGUCCCCUUCUUAUUUUAGGUGCUCUUAUCCAGAACAAAUCUAACAAAACACUUGUUUCUCUCCUUUCAUCGAGUGUUCUUUAA